AUGGCUUCACGGGCCUCGCGGGCCCUGAGGGAGGCCUCUCUGGUGAUCGCUGAGUCUCCCGCCGCACUGCAGCUGCGCUACCUGCAGACCCUCAACACCAUCACCGCCGAGAAGAACUCCACCAUCAUCUUCCCCCUGCCCCUGGAGAUGUUCCCUGGCACUGAACGGAUCAGACAGAACACCUUAACUCUGAAAGAGUUCCAAAAGGCACGAGACAGCGGGAUUUACUACUGUAGUUCAUUCAACAAUAAUAUUUUAAACUUCGGGAAGGCAACUCACAUCGAUGGAGUUCCAGUGUUGCACUCCAAGAUAAAAUGUGAGCUGAUGAUUUUUGCCCCUCUGGCUGGCGGCUGUGCUUUACUGAUCCUCAUCCUCAUCAUCACCAUCUGUUACUGCAACCGAAUAAGAACGAAGCGAUGCCCCCACCAUUACAAAAGAAGGCCAAAAAACUCAGCGGCAGUGCGACAAGCCAUGCCUGACAGAUACGUCUAAACCAGAGCAGUGCUGAUGAUCGAGCUUCUUGGAAACGCGUAAAAGUCCCGCAUAAAACGACUCGUCACUGCCA